UCCACUCUCCACCAGAAUUUCUUUUUAGAACAGGCCACAUGGCAUCUGCGGAGGGGUUUCCGGCAAGUUUUUAUGGUGAACCAGGAGUGCUUGGCCUUAUGGCUAAUGGGAUCAGUGCCUUUCUGGUGCUCCUGCAGAACUUCAGUGGGGCGCAGACCGGUGUUCCGGCUCAGGGUGUGGAAGACAUCCUAGCAGGUGUUCAUCUGAUCCUCAUAGGCGGCGUGUGCCAAAUGGUGGCAGGCCUGCUGUCAUUCCGAAAGUAUGAUCAUCUAAGUGGGACCGCCUUUGUUGGCUAUGCGGCACUCUGGGCCAGCUAUGGUGCCACCCGGAUUUUCCUUGGCUCCACUGAACCUCAAAGCAACACUUCAGCAGUUGAAAAUUUAAAUUCGUCUUUGAAUAUGGGGUUGUUAUCGCCCCCUGUCAGGGAAUCUGCCAUUGCAGGUCUGAUUCCUUAUAUCAUCAUGUCUUUCAUCUUAGCUUUUUGCUCUGCCACUGUCAACUACAUCAUGCCUUUUGUAUUUGGUGCUAUCACGGCCACCUUGAUCUUUGAGGCAGUGGGGGUGGUGGGCAAAUGGGCUUUAGUGGUCUCGGGGGUUCUGGAGCUCCUCAUCCUGCUCUUUGCCAUCUAUGGGUCAAGUUCCCUGCUAAUUAAAGGCUUGGCUCAACGAUAUGUACUCAAAGGGUUUGGCAGCCCACUCUUCAACGUGCUCCUGCUUGGCACAGCCAAUGCUAAAACCGCCAACAGCCUGGGUCAAGAGAAGAAAAAGAAUACCAAGUAUGCUGAGCCCACAGCCCUGGGAUUCUUCUGUGACACCAUCUCACCUUUCCGCAGCUUCUCUCCAGCUACUAUGCCUACCUUCGGCAGGACUGCUACCACUUGA